UUCUACAAAAACAUGUCUAGUUUUAAACCCCUAAUGGGAAAUGAUUCCAAAACCAAUUUUCAUGAGCUUGAAUGGGUGAUUAAAAUUCGUGCAUCCUUAGAUAAAGAACUUGAUGAUGAUGAUGAUGGGUUUAUUGUGUCUAUCUUCAAUGUUCCUAAACCACUUAUGGCUAGUGAUCCAUAUUCUUAUAUUCCUCAACAAGUUGCAAUUGGACCUUACCAUUUUUGGAGGCAAGAGCUUUAUGAAAUGGAGAGAUAUAAGAUUGCUUCAACAAAGAGAUUCCAAAACCAAUUACAAAGCCUCAAGUUAGAACAUAUUGUUGACCAAUUGAUAAGGUUAGAACACAAAAUUAGAGCAUGUUACCAUAAGUGUUUGAAUUUUAAUGUUGAAACUUUGGUGUGGAUGAUGGUUGUUGAUGCAUCAUUUUUGUUAGAAUUUCUUCAAGUUUAUACCAUAGAGGAUGAAUCAAUGAUAUUAAGUGUUUCCUCGAGGAUGUCUCACUUGAUUGAUUAUGGAGGGAGGAAAUUAGGUCAUAAUGUGAUUUUGAAGGACAUAGUAAUGCUUGAAAAUCAAAUACCUUUAUUUAUUUUGAGAAAGAUGUUGGAGUUUAAAUUCGCAUCACUUGAAUUAGGGGAUGACAUGUUGUUUUCGAUGUUUAUAGGAUUAUAUAAAGAGGUUUCUCCAUUCAAAUUGGUGGAACGAGAUUAUCUAGAUAUUGUUAUCUCUGAUCGUGCGCAUUUGUUAGAUUUUUUGUAUAAUAUGAUUGUGCCUAAAUUGGACGAAGAAUCAGAAAUAAUAGUAGAAUUAGAGAAUAAACACAAUGAUAAUGAACAAAAUGAAAAAUUGUUCGUGAAUUAUGCUAAGAAACUCGUAUGUGAAGUUUGGAGGGUGCUUUUGAAAUUGACAACAACAUUAAUAAGCUUCUUUAAGAAACUCAAGCAAUGUAGAGCCAUGAAAGCUAUCACUUGGUUGCCUUGGACAGUUAUUUCUAAUCUUCCCGUGGUGGGAAUCAUAAAGCAACCGGUUGAAUACUUUCUUUUCUCAAAAGAAAACGAAGCUACGAAAGAAGGAAAUGAGAAUUUAAGUUCAGAAGAUAUCACUAAUAAAUCGUUGUUAAUCAAUGAAAUCGCUAUUCCUUCUGUUACAGAACUCUCAAAGUCCGGAGUUAGUUUCGUAGCUACUAAAGGAGACAUAUCAACUAUUUUGUUUGAUGUAAAAUCAACAACUCUUUACCUUCCAACAAUUAGUGUAGAUAUAAACACCGAAGUCUUCAUGAGAAAUUUAGUUGCUUAUGAAGCAUCAACUACCUCGGGACCGUUGGUUUUUGCCCGUUACACCGAGUUGAUGAACGGAAUCAUAGACACUGAGGAAGAUGCGAAGAUUCUUAGAGAAAAAGGGAUUAUUUUGAACCACUUAAAAAGUGAUCAAGAGGUUGCUAACUUGUGGAAUGGAAUGAGCAAAUCCAUUAAAUUGACAAGAGUUCCAUUCUUGGACAAGGUCAUUGAGGAUGUUAACCAGCACUAUAAUAGUAAUGUGAGUAUCAAAGUUUGGAAAUUCAUGAAGGUUUAUGUGUUUGCUUCAUGGCAAUUUCUAACUUUUCUUGCUGUCAUCUUUCUCUUGUGUUUGAUGUCAUUGCAAGUCUUUUGUUCUUUUUAUAGAUGCAAUGCUAGAAAUCGUGUCAAUGUGAUUAGAUGA